GCGUCCUCCUUUCGAUCGUCUCCAUCCCACAUGUCCGCCGGCACUACCGUCACCUACGCUAGGCUUCCCCCGCCCCACGCCCUGCUGAGGGGCGCCCCUCUCCCCCUCCGCGCAUACAUCCGCUCCCCCCAAGCCUUCACCGCCUCCGCCCCCAUCCCCCUCGCCACGCGAGCCCGGCUCCCACAGUUGAUCCCGCUCGCCUCCCUGCGCUUUGUCUCCACACAGCCCCAGCCAUCCUCGCCCCCUCCGCCGUACCCCCCUCCUGUCCACUCGCCGGCCCCCGCCGCACAUCGCAUCAACUCGGCAGAACCUGCCAUCGGCACCCCGCCCCCUCUUCCCCCGGCCCCGCAGGGCAGUCUUCCGCCAAAGGUCACCGACCUUGCUGCCGCCCACGAAAAGGCGUUGGAGAAAAAGGAUGAGAAGAAGAAGCCCACGGGACCUUUGCCUGCCCGCGUAUGGGCCAGCGUCAAAAAGGAAGCCGCGCAUUACUGGGCAGGGACAAAGUUGCUGGGACAGGAAAUCAAGAUCAGCGGAAAGCUCCAGUGGAAGGUAUUGAACGGUGGUACCCUUACUAGGCGAGAAAGAAGACAGCUGCGACGAACAACCAUAGAUCUGUUGCGGCUCCUCCCGUUCUCCGUGUUCUUAGUGGUGCCUUUCAUGGAGCUUCUGCUUCCUGUCGCCCUCAAGCUCUUCCCUAAUAUGCUUCCCAGCACAUUUGAAGGGGAGUUUGCCGCGAAUGAAAAACAGAGAAAGCUGCUGCGAGUGCGAAUAGAAAUGGCCAAGUUCCUGCAAGAAACCGUCAGGGAAUCAGGACUAAAGGCGGACAGCGUUGUGCGGAGUGACGAGUUCAAGGAGUUCUUCCGAAAGGUUCGAUCCACUGGGGAGACCCCCAACCAGACUGAUGUCGUUCGAGUUGCCAAACUCUUCCAUGAUGACAUCACCCUUGAUAACCUUUCUCGUUCCCAGCUUGUUUCGAUGUGUCGGUACAUGAACAUCAACGCGUUCGGUACUGAUAACUUUUUGAAACACCAAAUUCGUAGCAAGCUCGAAAAAUUCCGAGUUGACGAUAUGAUGAUCCAUGCCGAAGGCGUUGACUCUCUUUCCACCAAAGAACUGCAACAUGCCUGCCAGUCUCGUGGUAUUCGUUUCCUAGGUGUCUCUCCAGCACGCUUGCGCGAAGAGCUGGAGAAAUGGAUUGAGCUCCAUUAUAUCAAUGGUAUAUCUGGUGUACUGCUUGUCCUGAGUCGAGCAUUCAACUUUGAGCAGAAAGGAGACGACAUCAUGGAGAGUUUGGUCAUUACCUUGAGCAGUUUGCCGGAGAACUUGUUGAAUGAGGCUGAACUCCAUGUUUUGGACGAAGCCUCUUACAAGCAAAAGCUUGAGGUCCUGCAACAGCAGCAAGAACUGAUUGAGGAUGAAGCUGAGCAAGAAAAGGAGGAGCAAGACGCUCUAAAAGAAGAACAGGAGAAGAAAGAAGCAGAGGAAACCGCAAGGCGGGAGCAAGAAGAGGCGGACAAGGCGGUCGAGGUAUCCCCUGCUGCCAAGGAAGAAGAAACCUCGAAGGAGCAAGUGGAAGAGUCUGUACAACCGGCUCCCGACCAGAAGGACGCCCGGAUGUCAGAGGAACAAUUGUCCGAAAUUGCCGAAGCUUUGUCGGUCUUGACUGCCAGGUCUAGUAUCAUGAAAGAGAGAGACGAGUUGAAGUCCCUUCUCGAGGAUAACCUGUUGUCCGAGGCCGAGUCGAAGGAGAGGCAAGAAGGCGCCAGCCCGACGGUUGCAGUUUCCAAGCGUGUUAGAGCCAUGAUCAAAAAGAUCGACACUCAGCUUGAGAAAUACGACGAGAGGGUUGACUCGAGUCUCAACGUGAUUAAAACCACGCCACUUGGUCAAAUUCCCCUUGAAGACCUGAAAAAGGCACUCAAGGAAAUGAAGCACCGGCCGGCCGAUUGAUUUCAUGUACUAUUUUAAAAGGUUUGAUAUCAGUCAGAGCUGUGCACAAAGGACAAGCACGACCGGAUUGGAGAUGAAACAUAGACUUUGUGACCUUUAUGUAUGAAACCGGACUAUCUAAAGUCGCAUGGUUCAUCCUGUCGAAAAAAAGAGCUGAUUAUUUAGUACCGUUCAG